AACAAUUGCUUUAUUUUUAAUUUCUAUAUGAGUAUUUAUAAACAAUCUACAUAAGUUUAUUGUUAAUUAAAUAUUAACUAUCCAAAUUACAAGGUGGCAAAAUUGACCUCUUAUCUCUUUUCCAAAAUAAUCAGGUUCUUAACGUAUACAUUAUCAUCGAUUUUUGUUUUCACUAACAAUUAAGCUUACAAAUUUUAGUACCACGCUUUAUUAGUUGCAGAUAGGUAAAAUGUUUUUAAGUGAUAAGUCUUAAACUACUAAUUCAUUAUUUUUUUACGAAUAAUUAACAUGAAUGUGAAUAUUUUAAGUGUAUUUUAAAUUGUAAGUGCUAAACCACCCUUUAGAAUCAAAUGAGUGAUUAGUUAUAAUUUUAAAAUGACAAGCUUAUGUGAACAUGGAAAGCUCAUACAAUUUUUCGUUACUUCUGCAGCCACAAUUCUAUCAAUAACAGAUGGCAUGUGCGUCGCUUGGAGUGCACCGAUGGUACCGUACUUCAUCAGCGAAAGAAGUCACAUAAAAAUGAACCAAACCGAAGCGGAAUGGAUCGAAACGUGUUUCCUCAUCGGCGUAGUUUCCGCUAUUCCAAUUACAGCCUUCAUUCUGAAUAAGCUCGGUAGAAAAAAAUCGAUUUUAUUAGCCUCGGUGAUUCUAUUGAUAUCUUGGAUAUCAAUAGCGUGCGCUACCAAAAAGGAAGUUAUUUAUGCUGCAAGAGUCUUUACUGGAGUCGGAAUUAAUAUUGGCUUCGUUUCCAUUCCAACUUACGUGGCGGAAAUAGCUCAGAAAGAAAUCAGAGGCUUUCUUGCUAGUUUGAUGCAGAUAAUGGUCAUAAUAGGAAUUCUGAUAAUGUACUGCAUUGGACCAUAUACACCAUUCAUCAUUCCACCGAUUGUAGCAGCUGGUCUGCUUUUAAUCAAACUAUUGCUUUUCUCUUUCAUGCCAGAGACGCCUUAUUUAUUGUGCUUAAAGAACAAAUUAACAGAAGCCAAAAAAACGCUACAAGUAUUAAGAAACAAACAAGACGUAGAAAAAGAAUUGAAUGAAAUAACAGAAGCUAUAGACAACGAUAUUCGUGACAGUAGAGGAGCGUUUAAAGAACUAUUUUUGGUGCCGCGUUAUAGAAACGCAUUAUUCAUAGUUCUAAUUUUCGAUUUUACUAAAUUGUGUAGUUGUUUUGAAGUGGUUUUAAUGAAUAUGCAUCAAAUGUUGCACGAUGCCCAUUUAACCUUCGUAACUCCGUCAGUACUGGCUAUUAUUUUUGCUGUUUUAUUAUUAUUUUCGUCAAUUUUAUCAUCAGUUACAAUUGAUAGGUUCGGGCGUAAAGUAUUAUUUGCAAUUUCUAGUGGAUUAACUUCGAUAUGUCUUUUAUCUUUAGGUAUAUAUCUUAACUUUAAACAUCAAGGUUAUGAUUUGAUGGCAUAUAGUUGGAUUCCAGCUGUUUCUGUGAUGGCCUAUGCAAUUGUAUUUAAACUUGGUAUGGGUACAGUUCCUUAUAUCAUAAUGGGUGAAAUAUACGCUACAAGAAUUAAAGGUAUGGGAAUAGCAUUUUGUAACGGAUUCCAUACAGCGACAUCUAUCGCUGUAUUUCAAAUUUAUUUUAUAUUGAGAAGAGAUUACGGUAUUCACAUACAUUUUUAUUUAUUCAGUUGCUUAACUAUAUUGGUUACAGUGUUUAUUAUGUUUUUUGUACCGGAAACUAAAGGAAAAAGUCUUGAAGAAAUACAACAAUUAUUGAGGGAUAAAUCGUUAAAACGUAGUAAAAGUGAAAUACCUAGACCUAGAUCGUUAUGUUGUUUUUAAUUUUUUUGUAUUAAGAAAUUUUAUAAUUUUAUAUUGUUGAUUUUUAUAUAAAGAAUAUUUGUUG